AUGGAUCGCAAAAAUUUUCUCGUUAUUAAUGCACCGGCCAUGGGUCACCUGAUCCCGCUACUCGAAUUUGCCCACCGCAUUACCGAACACCACGAUGUCACCGUGACAAUCUCGAAAUCCUUUGUCCCCAAACUGACAGAUCGCAAUAUCCUGAAAUACCAGAGUAAUCCGCAUUUUCAUUUACUGCCGAUUGACGAUGGACUGCCGGAUGAUGUGGCAAAAGUGUCCAACACACCGGGACUGGAAAGAAUCCUGAUUGCUAUGGAACUCAUCCGCCCGGCAGUGGAAACACUGUUACGAGAAAUGCCUGUCCGCAAUGGGGAGGCGCUUCAGAAUGCAGAACUGACCAGAAUCGGCGCGACGAAAAUGCCAGCCGUGGAUGCGGUGAUAUUUGACCAUUUUCUGGUCGGCUUCGUGCCGGAGGCCGGUCACCAGCGCGGCGUGCCGUGCUUCGAAUUCGUUCCGUCUUCGGAAAUUCGCAAUCGCUCACAGAAGACCCACACAGAGCGACCAGACGAAAAGUCAGCCAUCGGCAAAUGGCUGGCGCUGAAACAGCGCGCGGAACCGUUUCUCUUUGGACGCAUCGUAAAUAAUUUCCGGGAAAGUGUUCCACCCCGCGAGGACAAUCUCCCAACAUUUUAUGUGGGACCACUCUUUCCCCUAGAGACGGUCCAGAAGGAAUUCACUCCAGCGGAGCAAAAAGUGCAGACGUUUUUGGAUGAUCAUCCACAGCGGUCGGUUAUUUAUUUUGCAUUCGGGACCGUGGUCCGAGCCGCGCCCGCUCAGAUAGCCGAAAUCCACCACGCACUGACCGCACUGCAGCGGCCGUAUAUUUGGUCACUGGCCGAGCCGCUGCAUCAGUAUUUACCAGCGGACCGGCAGCCGGAUGGCGGCGGCCACUUGAUUCUGCCGUGGGUGCCGCAGAAACUGAUUUUGCAGCAUCCGUCUGUCGCGGUGUUUAUCACGCACGCUGGAUGGAACAGCGCGGUGGAAGGAUUGACCUGCGGUGUCCCCAUGGUGUCGUGGCCGGGAUUCGCUGAUCAGCAUGCCAAUGCCGCGUGGCAGGCCAGCAUCGGCGUGGGCGUGACGGUGCCUGAGACCAAACUCGGACCGGACGCCCGCGUGGUACCGGCGAACGAGAUCCAAGAGUGGAUUAAUAAAGCUGCUGGUUGGGAUUCAACGCAUGGUGUAUCGCCGUUUGCGGACAAGUGUGCUCAAUGGAAAGAAAUUAUCGGGAAAGUGUGGACAACAGGCGGAAGUUCUUUGAAUGAUUUCAACGCAUUCUUAUGCCAUGUAAAUAAAUUAGCCACGUAG